GCACCGCGCCUGAGCCGGGGGAAACCCGGGCGGAGCGAGGCGAGCCGCCGUGGAGCGGAAGUGUGUGUCCGUGUGUGUUGACAACGAGAAAAAGAAGCAGCGCGUGUUCGGGAGAUGUUUAAAAACGAUCAUUUCCUCUGUGAAGAAAGAUGACUCUCCAGGAGGUGCGUCUGUGCGGUCUCCUGCUGCGGGAGCACUUUGGAGAAGUGGUGGAGAAAGUGGGAACACACCUGCUCAGGAGUGGAGCACAGAGUCUGAGAACCAUCAUCCAUGAGACUGGCAUCUCACUGGACCUGGUAAAGAAGUGUCUGUGUGUGCUCGUGCAGCAUGGGACCUGUGUGUUCAGCUCAGGGCGUAAAGGACCUGGGAGUCCAACAGAGUAUCAGACCAGCUGUAAUCGGAUUCUGAGAAUUCUGCGUUACCCACGUUACAUCUACACCGCAAAAACCCUGUAUGGUGACACAGGAGAGCUAAUCAUAGAGGAGCUACUGCAGAGAGGUCAUAUGACCAUGAGCAGCACCGUCAAGACAGUUGCCGACCGCCUCACCCAGAACAUGGAGGAGGGACGCAGCAUGGAUUACAGUGAAGUGUCAUCUGCUUUCUCCAACCUUGUGGAGACUCAUUUUCUUCAGCGCUGCCCUCCGCUACCUGGAGCAGGAGGAAGAGACAGCACGACUGCAGCUACUACUGUCACCCCUGCUACCCCUGCUACCCCCGCUGCCCCUGCUAACACGACCCCACCCGCACCAGAGAGCUUCCCUGACUGCUACAAGGUGCCACAUAUGACACUGAUUGGACGAGGCAAACGACAACUCUCGACCGAGGAUGGAGAGGACCAAAGGAAUGCGAAGAAAGCCAGACUGGAUACAGCGACACACGGUGAUGAGGGGAUUUACUGGCAGGUCAAUUUUGAGAGGUUCCAUCUUCACUUCAGAGACCAGGCCAUUAUCAGUGCUGUAGCCAACAAACUGGACCAGACCAGCAGUGAGAUAGUCAGGACUAUGCUGAGGAUGAGUGAGGUGACCACCUCGCCCACAGCCACCUGCACAAAGCCCCUCUCAUCCAAUGAGAUCUUCCGGUCGCUUCCAAGCAGCUACAACAUUGCCAGACCCAUCUUAGACCAAUACCUCACUCUGCUGGUGGAUGACCCGAUGGAGUUUGUGGGAAAGGCUGGUGAAAGUGGAGGAGGGAUGUAUGUUGUUAAUCUACACAGAGCGCUGGCCAAUCUGGCACGGGCCACACUCGAGUCUGUAGUACAGGAGAGGUUCGGCUCCCGAUCAGCACGCAUUUUCCGCCUUUUGCUAAGGAAACGUCACCUGGAGCAGAAGCAAGUGGAGGAUUUUGCCAUGAUUCCAGCCAAGGAGGCUAAAGACAUGCUCUAUACACUGCUGUCACAGAACCUGGUCCAGCUACAGGAAAUCCCAAAGACUCCCGACUAUGCUCCCUCUCGUACUUUCUAUCUUUACACCGUCAAUCAACUCCCAACAGCAAGAAUGCUGCUGCAGAACUGCUAUAAGACAGUCGCCAAUCUCAUAGAGAGACGCCUGUUUGAGACCAAAGAGAGCAAGCGUCUGCUGGAGAAAUCCCAGCGAAUCGAGGCCAUCCUGGCCUCUUUACAGGCCAGUGGGGCCGAGCCUGAGCAGCUGAAAGAGGUGGAGGAGAUGAUCACUGCUCCUGAAAAGCAGCAGCUGGAUUCCCUAAAGCUUCAUAUCAACAAGUUAGAUUCAGCAGAGAACCAAGUAGAUGAAACCAUUUUUCUUCUAAAGUCCUACAUCAUCGCCACAGCCUCAUCCACGUAGUAACUCAGUACUUCUAUUUUAGUACUAUGAGUUCUUGUGUAUGAAUGAUUUCAAGUACGACCUUUUUAUAGUUCAUAUCUGGAAUAUUUCAGUUUGGAAUAGAAUAAAAUAUAAAUAGUUUUUUGCUUGUUUUUAUUUUUACUGCUUGCAUUAUUAAAUGAAUAAACG